UGCACUUCUGUAACACACCCCUUUUUGCUCUAUAAACACCUCAAGAAUUGAAUCACUCACAUCCAAUUCAAACACAUGUACACCAUGGUCAACGCCAUUCUCCUCCUCGUACCCUUGCUCUCCCUGCUGCCCUUCUCCUCCCGCGCCCUGACCCAGGACUUCUGUGUCGCCGACCUGGCCAGCAGCGACACGCCGGGCGGCUACCCGUGCAAGCCCCAGACCGCCGUCACCGCCGAUGACUUCUACUACCGCGGCCUGGCUACCACCGGCCCGAGCAUCGCCCCCUUCAAGGUCAGCCUGUCGUCGGCGUUCGUCACCAGGUUCCCCGGCGUGAACGGGCUUGGCAUCUCUGCCGCGCGCGCCGACAUGGCCCCGGGCGGCGUCGUGCCGCUGCACUGGCACCCAGUCGCCACCGAGCUCCUCUUCGUCCUCGACGGCACCAUGGUCUGCGGCUUCAUCAGCGCCACGUCGAACAAGGUCUUCACCAAGACGCUGUACAAGGGCGACCUUAUGGUGCUCCCGCAGGGCCAGCCGCACUUCCAGUACAACGUCGGCAACGCCACGGCGGUGGCUCUCUCGUCGUACAGCAGCCCCAACCCCGGCCUGCAGAUCCUGGACUUCGCGCUCUUCGCCAACAACCUGCCGUCGGAGGUCGUGAGCAAGGUCACCGUCCUGGACAAGUUGGAGGUCAGGAAGCUCAAAGCGCUUUUCGGAGGGACCGACGACAUGUGCACAGAUGUUGAGUGAGUCGUAGUUGUGGUGUGAGAAUAAUUUUGCACUGGUGCCCUGCAUGCCUGUGCAUCUGUCCUGUUAACGCAAGUGGUGUUUCUCAAGAUGUGGUGUCCCUAUCUUUUUUUUAAAAUGAUUCAAUAAAUAUACGAAAAUGUCUUGGUUGUUCCAGGUCA